AUGGGCCAGCCGGCGUGGCGGGAGGCGCGAUCUAUCCUCACACGCCUGCUAUCCUCCCAGGAGGGCGUCCUCCGCGACUCCGCAUACCUGCAAUCCUCCUGCUGCAUCCCUCAGUCAGCGGUCACCAUGCACCUGCCUGCCACCAUCCCAAACUACACCGACUUUUACGCGUCGCGGGAGCAUGCCACUGCAGUCGGCGCCAUGUUUCGGGGGAAGGCAAACGCCCUGCAGCCCAACUGGCUGCACCUGCCCGUGGGCUACCACGGCCGUGCCUCCUCCGUGGUGGUGUCUGGCACUGACGUCCGCCGUCCCUGGGGCCAGGUGUGGCAGGAGGAAAGCAAGCAGGCCGAGUGGGUGCCCAGCGCCGCCGUGGACUACGAGCUCGAGCUGGGCAUCUUCAUGGGGGGGUCGGCCAACCAGCUGGGCCACCCGUUGCGCAUCGAGGCCGCCGACGCGGCGGUGUUCGGCUACGUGCUGCUGAAUGACUGGUCGGCGCGCGACCUGCAGAAGUGGGAGUACGUGCCGUUGGGGCCCUUCACCUCCAAGAACUGGGCCACCAGCAUCAGCCCCUGGGUGGUGACCGCCGCCGCGCUGGAGCCCUUCCGCGUCCCCGCGCCCACCCAGGACCCAGCGCCCCCGGCAUACCUGCGUUCGCAGGCUGGCUGCAACUACGACCUGGACUUGCGCGUGGGCGUCGCGCCAGCGGGGCGCGCGGGGCCAGACCCCGUCACGCACACCAACAUGCGCACGCUGUACUGGACCCCGGCGCAGAUGGCCGCGCACCACACCGUCAGCGGCUGCCCGCUCGUCCCGGGCGACCUGCUUGGCACGGGGACCAUCAGCAGCGAGGGCCCGGGCGGCGCGGGGUGCCUGCUGGAGGCGACGCUGAACGGGACGAAACCUGUGGCACUCCAGAGCGCCGGCACGCACCGCGCCUGGCUGCAGGACGGCGACAGGGUGGUCCUCACCGGCCACUGUCAGGGCGAGGGUUACCGCGUGGGGUUCGGGGAGUGCGCCGGCACCCUGCUGCCCGCCCUGGACCUCACCUUGGCCUAG